AUGAAGAAAAUCCAAGUGUUUCGUGCCCAAGUAGCAUUGAUGUACCUAAUGAUGAUGGGUCAGCUGUAGCUGUGGUCAGCUGGUCAGUCAAUGUAACGGACAACACAGAUUCUAUAUAUGACCUAAUGUUGUCGGGUUCUGGUACAGAGUACAACGAAUCUGGACAAGCAUUCCCUGUUGGCACGACAACAUUAUACUAUGUUGUUAAAGACGCAUUUGGAAACACAGACAACUGUUCCUUCACAAUAACUGUCCGAGAUACUGGAGAACCCAUGUUACAAUGUCCAAAUGACAUUGAUUUAGCAUUAACUGAUCUGGGUCAGCCAUAUUCAACAGUAUAUUGGAAUGUAUCAGUCAGUGACAAUUCAGGGAGUGUGACAUGGAAUUGUAGCAGAGUAUCUGGUGACAGGUUUGACGUCAUUUGGCCAAUUGAACGACAGAAUGUAUCAUGCGAAGCUGAGGAUGUGCAUGAUAAAGAAACUCCGAUUAUUUCAUGUCCAAGUAACAUUGAUGUAUCCAUUGAUGAUGGGUCGGCUGUAGCACUAGUGAGUUGGUUAGUGAACGUCACAGACAACUCAGGUUCUAUAUAUGAAGUAAUAGUUUCAGGUUCAGGUACCAAGUACAACAAAUCUGGACACGCGUUCCCUGUUGGCAUCACAACAUUAGACUAUGUUGCUACAGAUGCAUUUGGUAACACAGACAACUGUUCCUUCACAGUAACUGUCAGAGAUAUCAGAGAACCCAUGUUACAAUGUCCCAAUGACAUUAAUUUAGCAUUAACUGAUCCGGGUCAGCCAUAUUCGACUGUAUAUUGGAAUGUAUCAGUAAGUGACAAUUCAGGGAGUGUGACAUGGAAUUGUAGCAGAGUAUCUGGUGACAGGUUUGACGUCAUUUGGCCAACUGAACGACAGAAUGUAUCCUGCGUAGCUGAGGAUGUGCAUGGCAAUAUUGCAGAAUGU